AUGAAGACGCCGUCGUGCGUUCGCUGCUUCAAACGCAAAGUAAAAUGCGAUAAACAGCGACCAUGCAGCGCCUGCGUGAGGCAUAAUGCCGACUGCGUGUAUCCUUUGCCAACUGCAUCUCGGCCUAGAAAGGAGCGCGAAGAGAUUCUACUCAAUCGCAUCCAGCAGUAUGAGGCACUUUUUGACCAGUUGGGCGUUGACCCAUCCUCAAUGAUACAGACCGAAAAAUUAGAACUGCAGACUACUCAAUACGAUGGACAGCUUCCUGUAAAUGAGCUUUCUGGUGCACGUACAAAGGACCAGAGCCUUGAUUCAAGUACUGAGCCUCUGCGAAAGUAUAGCAAGUCCCAGCUGGUCCACAGGAGUGAUCGGUCAAGGUAUCUGGAUAACAGCCUGUGGACAAGUGUAAUCGAAGAGAUCUCAGAAACAGAAGACCCCUUUGGAUAUUCUUCAAAUGAAGAUAAUUUACAGGCUGAAAUACCAGACGACAGUACAGAUUUUAUUUUCGGUCUGGUUUCAGCACCAAUGAAUGUCAGCAGGUUUCAUCCUUCUAGUGAACAUGCACUAGAGCUAUGGGAGGUGUUUGUGGAGAACGUCAAUGCAUUGAUCAAGAUCAUCCAUGAGCCGAGUAUGGGACAAACAAUAAGGAACUCGAUUAAUGAUCUCGAAAGCAUACCUAAAAGCCUAGAAGCGCUCAUGUUCUCUAUCUACAGCAUCGCCACGAUGUCGCUAACCGAAUCCGACUGUCAAGAGCGAUUCAAUGAGCAACGACAAGUGCUUUUAGCUCGAUAUAGACUUGCAACAAAGGUAGCGCUUUCACGAGCAAAGUUUCUCGGCGUAGGAGAUAUUUUGGCUCUCCAGGCUUUUCACCUUCAUCUCAUCUCGACGCGUAAUGUCUACGGGCCUCACACAACUUGGACACUCAUGGGCAUCGCCAAUCGUCUUGCAGAAGGCAUGGGGUUGCACCGAGACGGUAUCCACCAGGCGCUCCCACCAUUCGAGACCGAGAUGCGUCGGCGAGUGUGGUGGCAGUUGAAACUUUUUGAUGCCAAGAUUGCUGAAUUGACCGGGCAUGCUCGAUUCAGGAAUAUCAGCCAAGAUCCGCAGCUGACGCAGGUGCCAACCAACGUGAACGAUGACCAGCUCUAUCCGGGAAUGCUGUCAUUACCUGGAGAAUCCGGUGAAGUUACAAGCAUGUGUUUUAGCUCUCUUCUCUGUGAGUUUACCCAUUUUUGGACAAAACACGCGGCCAAUAUGCGUGCUCGCCAUGGAAAAGACGCAACUUUGUGGGACAACUACGAGUCAAAAAGUGAAAUUGCCGAGAAGGAUCAGGAGAUUGGCCAACUAGAGCAGAUCCUCCAGAGAAAGUACAUUCGUGGCUGCGACCCCACACAACCAGCACAACUUUUGACCUUGAUUGUUGCGAGUAAUGCUACCGCCACCAUGAAAUUCAUCUCGCACCAUCCGCGUCGGUGGGCCAGUAACGGGGACGUCCCGGAUGCCGAGCGGCAGUUUGUCUGGGAAUUAGCCGUCAAAUUGCUCGAAACGGAUAUCACAAUAAAUUCAAACCGGCAGCUCGACCGCUUCGCGUGGCACACAUCGACCUACUUCCCCUGGGCGCAAGCUAUCCACGUACUCGAUUGUCUGCGAGCGAGCCCAUUCCUUCCGGAUGCCGCCAAAGCAUGGCGGCUCAUCGGAGACGUCUUUAAAUAUCGGUCUGAGCUGCUGUUGGAACGAAAAUUGCUCAAUGUCGCGUUUGGGAAUUUGUGUCUCAAAGCGUAUAAUUCACGUCAAGCCGCGUUGAUGCAACAUGGCAAGCUAAUUUCCAGUGGAACUCCAGUUUAUAUCACCACGCUGCGCGCUCAAAGAGAGGCCGCCAGUACUCGCCGCAGAAGUAAGCGAGACCAGCAGGCUCAUCAGCAGACAGCAACAAUCGUUAACCCCCAGCAUCUGGCCUUUUCAGAGACUAUUCAGCAGUCAAAUACUAUACCGACUCAAAACAGAAACAAUACGUCCUUACAAUCAGCCGAACCGUACAAACUACACUCAUCUUCGACAAAUCUUGAACAAAAUCAAGGGAACUCCUCUAACGGAACUUCCUGGUCUUUUGCCAAUUAUCAUGAUGAAACAGUCGUACCUAGUACGCUAGAUGGUGACAUGGCUCUAGAUAUUGAUCUACUUCUUGAACAGGGGAAUAACCUCGACGAUGCAGGCGUUCAACCAAUAGACUGGGAUCAAUGGGACUUGCUUAUCGAGAAUUGGAACGGUUCGUUGACAAAGUCUUGA